GGCUAUUCCUCACUCCACGCGUCCGUUGAUUUCCAACACUGACAAACGUUGGGCCACAACAGUGCAGACGAAAUGCCGCCUAAGAAGCUAGAGCAAAGGUCCUCGUCUAAGCCGCCUGCCAAAAGCGACGACCUGCCCGAAGCAGAGCUCAAAGACAUCGCCAACCAGAAAGCCUCCCCGGAAUCCAAACUCCAAGAUGCAGCCGAAAAAGCCGAAGCCGCUCUUGCCGCGCAAAAAACCGCCUCCUCCCUCCGUGCCGCCGCAGACGUAAUAAAGGAUCCCAAGAAGCGGGAGAAAUACCUACAAGAUGCGUAUAAGAAGGAAACUGAGGCGCACGGCAACAGCAAGAAGGCGCGUAUGUUGAGUUCUGGCGCGUUUCAGGGAAGUGUGGGCGGCGGCGGCAUAGGAAUGGCUGUUGGUGCCGGACUUGGUACGGUGGUUGGCACAGUUGUGGGGACCGUGGCGACAAUUCCGACAACAGCUGUGGGAGGAUUGGUUGGUGCCGGGGUGGGUGGAUUCCAUGGGCCAUGGAUUAACUUGAAGAAUGCCGGGAAGGGGGGAGAUGGCAAGAAGGAGGAUAAAGAAAGUGAAGACAAGAAAGGUGGAGAGCAGAGCGAUGGGGUGGAAGAGGGUGAAGCAGAAGCAGAGGAGAUUGAUGAGGAGGAUGCAGUGCCCAAUCCAGAAGUUCUCAGACAGGCUGCCGAUAUGGUCGCUCGGGAGAGAGAGACGGCAGGGCAGAGUGAUAGUCCACACGAAAAAGUUGGAGAUGUCGACGAUGAAGGUGCGAAGAAAGGAAAGAAGAAACCUAGGAAGCUGGAGGUCCGUAGCAAGCAGGCUCCAAGUGCAGGUGGACAGCAGAAGCCUAUCGCGGCGUAACGCGCGCGCUUAUGUGCUGUUGGUAAAGCUGGUCGAAAGGACGUUUGCGUAUCCUCCUCAUGUAUGGCAAGUGCAUUGAUUGGCGUUGGGAUGUAAGCGUUUAGCCUCAUGUCACUUGUUUUAGCAUUUUGGCUUAUUUUAUCUUUCAUGAACAGACGCGUUACUUUCCGAGAUCCAGUUACAUGGGAGAGUAUGUUAGACUAGUUGCGGAAGAAAUAUAUCACGAAGAGGGUAUAUUGGCAGGGGGU